UCAGUUCGAUAGAGACUAGAUACAGUUUCAAAUCAUGGCCAGCAGACUAACUUGGACUUUUCUAGUCGCUGUAGCUGCCCUCCAGCUUUCGCUUGCAGCGCCUCUCAUUAACAAAUGGCAGUUACAAUUCGAAGUGUCCAAUGAACUCUUUCAAAUGGUAACAGACGCCAUGGAACAGCUACGACAUGUCUUUCAAUUGGUCAUCGACGAGGCCGAACUCAUUUUACCACCAAACUCCAAGGGACACAUUCUCAGGGAGCUUAAGGACUUCGUCGCGGCCUUGGACACCCUGGACUUCGAUGAUUCAUUCGAGCUGAACAGACUGGAGGAUGCUCUUGAGGAACUGGAAAGCAUCAUUUCGAUUGCAGGCAGCAAAGAAUUCGAAUCGGAAGCUGACGAGGUUGUCGUUCAGCUAUUCAUACAGCACGGAGUUGAGGACCUGGAGCAGAUCCUGGAAAGAAACUUGGAAACUACUCUGAAAAUCGUAGAGCAGAAGGUGGAGAAAUACAUGAGCACAUGGUCCGACAGUCGGUUGGCCAGGAACGCGGCGAUGGUCAAGCAGUUUAAUGACUUUAAGAACGAAAAGGAUGUCUAUGAGAAGCUGGACAAGUUAACCAACUCUGAUUUCAUUUGAAUAAACAUAUCAUGUUUCAAGUACAUUUAAGUUUAAACCAAAUAACUACAGAUACAUAGUCCGAACGUAUAUAUUAUUUCCAGAAACUGCCUUGCAAAUAUCAAAACCAGUAGUCCAGAGUUCAUGUUUUGUAUUAGCACGCUCGCCGGAAGCU